GUGUCUGGCCUAAUUUAGAUUAUGAUAGGAACACUUAUAUAGAAAACAUCUGACAAUCAGUGUUUCACAAGGAACACAGUUCAUUUUCAGUUCAAGACACCUGACUGCGAACAUUAAACAUGAAAGCCGUAUUAUCUUUCCUUGCCGUGUUAUUUGUCGCUUAUAUCAAUGCUGAAGACUGUCCGUCCAAUAGCAUCACUGAAUGCACCCAUAUGUCAUGUUCUGGGGGUUAUGUGAUGGCAUGUGUGAAUAAUAUCUGCACGUGCACACCCCAGACAGAAACCACUUGCACUUCAAAUUCUCAGUGCCAGGGAAUGAGUACGGGUGGAUGUCAAAUUUUCCAGACUUGGCAGUGCGUAAGUGGAGUAUGCAGAUGUACGUGGGAUUUUGGCGGCAUCGGAAAAUAAAAUGCACUGAAGCAAUCAAUUUUCAUGAAAAAAUAAUUUUAGAUAAACUUUUCAAAGUGA